GCUGCUGCUCACUGCUCUCACGUUUCAAAGAUUCCGCCCUCCCUCUCCCCUUACGCUCGGCGACUGCACAUGCCAUGUUUGCGUUUGGCACCGAAGCUCGCAGUCCCACAUGGAGCGAACUCGCGCAGCGCUUUGCAUCAAAAGGAUCGAUCUGCGCUCACGCGAUGCCAUUACGCACUCGCCUCACCCCUGUGUCACGAUUUUCUACACCAAUUGGUGAUGCCAUGGGUGGGUGCUCGUAGCGCUUCCCUUGCUCUCGUCCCAACUAAGUGCCGCUCGGAUGUUGCACACGGGGCCUCUUGUCUUCCUCGACAAUAGUUCGGCGGCUCCUGAAAUUACCGCAUUCCCUCCGCCAUUCGGAUAACGGCAUCCCAAUGCCCACCAGAGAAAACGGAGCACGAUUCGCUCCGUAAUAACGUGGUGAGCCCUCCUCUGACGUUGCACAUUUACCGUCAAUUAUCCGGGCGAGAGAAUGAAGUCGUGCAUGCCUUCCACUUCCUCACCUCACCAUUGGCACAUUGGCACAUUGGCCCAUCUCUGAAUCAGUUCAGGUCCCACCACGAACUCUGUCUCUUUGUGGCCCAUUGGCAAUUUCCGGUUGCUUCUAGUGUGAUAUGGAUCUGAGGCGCAGACAGGAUCGAGUUCGUGAUUCAACUUGCAGUUCGAGUUUCUUUCUUUCGUCUCGUUUCGCUCCCUUUCCCUUUCACAGGAUGAUAUAACUCAGGAGAUGGACAUCCCUGAAGGGUUCCAUGUGCCAUUCCCGGGGAGGUGGGUUCCAUGUUGAUCUUUUCUCGUGCGUUCACACCAAAAUUUCUCGAAGAAUGAGAACCUCAUGCACAGCGUCAACGCCGAAUGAACGUAACUGUAAUUGAUGAUGCCGAAAGACCGAUCCACCGUAAUUCUGAUGUACAGCAGCCAAUGAAGCCCAUCCAAUUCAGGAGAAUCCAACGUCUGAUACCUUGGCAUAAUUAUGUAGGAAUCAAAUUCUUCGGCGGAGUUUGUUGUGGGACGUGACCUUAGCGAUUGUGACGAAGUGAGUGGAGAGUCAAAGAGCACUAUGCAGAUGAGGGCCUCAAAUCCGGCAAAGCUUCGGACGUGUGAACCGUCGUCGCUUGGGUGGUGGCGAGCAAAUUCAGGUUCAUCGUCAACUCUCACGCAAAAUGCUGCAGAAAUCAUGGGAGCUUGUAAGUGAUCACCAUGAUACUGUUCCAGGCAGCGGCGCAUGGAAUCCGAUAAGCUUUGGACUUUCCUCCUGAGACUCCCCCAUAUACGCCUCUGCAAGCAAUUGCAUCCUACGACUUCACUGCCUCGAAUGUUCCUCAAGCGUCAGGGCGCGGUUCAGAUGUUCACGACAUCGAGAUAGAUCACGUUUAGACCACCCACCUUAAAUCUAUUCUUCCCAUUUUGUUUGGAUCUUCCAAAUGUUUCGUAGAUUCUGUGCAUUGAGAAGGUUUUUCUUGUCUUGAUGGUGGAUUCGUUCAGAUCCUCUACAAACUCUGUACAAACUAGCACAAACUAGAAUCAACUGCU